AACAAACUGACACCGGAGCAGGAGGGAGGUCUGAUGAAGUUGGAGAGCUCGGCCGUUAUUGUGAGAGGCUGAAGGUGAGUGAAGAAGCGAGUGACCCCGUUCCCAUAGAGCAUGUAGUGUCCCUGCUGGCGGUACAAUGUCGUGUAGAGAGUGGAAGCUCCAGCGACAAGAUUCUUGCUCCAGAGCCCAGGGGCCCCCACACACCAAUGGCCCUUGUUGCACAGACGCAUCUCCUGCCCUUGAGAAGUUCUCCUGUGGACAAAGAGGUCCAAGAGCCAAAGAUCUAAGCACAUUCCCGUUCCAGCUGUUGCCCGUAGACUGUCAGCUCCACAUCUUCUCGUUUCUGUCGGAGGUGGAGAAGUGCACGGCGGCCCUGGUGUGUUCGGGAUGGAGCCGACUCAUGCGCACCCCCCGACUGUGGAGAGUUGCCGACUUCAUGAGGCUCGGAGCCUUUAUAUCGGGAAUGGACGGGGUGGUGGUGUCGGUGAGGGAGUUUGAGAGGUGGAAGGAGUGGGUGCACCAGUAUGCCUAUCACCUCAUGUCUCGGGGUGCCAGCCUCUUCACCCUCCGCGCCAGCUUUGAUCUCGGUGACCAACGAAACAAAUGGGCCGACUUCCUCCUCAACUUCCUGGAGAGCGUCCACUGCGGGGAACUGAGGGAGCUGGAGUUGAACUGGACCCUGACUCAUUUGGAGCCCCUGGAUUUCUACCCCCCGGGCAGCAUGGCCCAGAUUUGUCUCGCCAAGACCGACCAGUUCAACAGCUUCCAGACCCUGUUUGAAAGACUGACCUGCACCUCCCCCAAACUGAGCCGCAUGAAGCUUCCAUUUGAUUGGUCGGAUCAUUCUGUGGCCCUCCUCACGCACUUCCAGCAUUUGACUUCCCUGGAGCUGAAUUACUUCUGGGUGUUCAAGGGGGUCCAAGCAGAGACAAUGCAGCAACUCACUCGCUCGCUCCCCAAUCUCAAGACCUUGAUCCUCCAGGUUCUGGUCCCAGUGAAGGACCUCGGUGUCUCUUACCCCCUCGAGUCCAAGUCGUUGGAGAUGUUGGACGUGUCCCAGAGCCGGGGGCUGGUGUUCAGCCAUUUGGACCUUCCUUCCUUGCGGGAACUCAGGGUGAAGAAGACGAUAAGGGGAAUCAUAUUAAACCGCAGGACUCGGGUGGCACUUCAGACCCGCUGGUCUUGUCUGUACGAUCUGCUCAAAGUGGGGACCCCCAAACUGCAGCUCUUCAACUCCCACCGGCUGCUCCCCUGUUGGCAGACUCAGCCCUACCUGGAACUGAGUGAGGUUCUGCUCCAGUCCUGUUACUGCAUCCAACACACGGACACUUGGCUACUGUGACUCAUGGGAAUGUGCCGAGGAUUCUGGGAAAUCACCGCUUUUAUAUUCUGGGGACCAAUAAAUGUUCUCUUGGCUCCAU